AAGAAGUCGACUGGAGAGAACGAAAGGUUGUGCAGAGAAAUGGCUUCGUCUAUUCCGUCACUCCUCUUAGCUUCGCCGCCACCUUCUUCAUGUUCAGUACGCACCAGACGAAAUUCUACCCAACGAGAGAUCACAGGAGGGAAUCGGAGAGGAAUAACUCAUCGGGUUUUCAUCACGGCGGCGGCGGCUUCAACGAAAGUUGAUGUACCUCCACAGAAAUUACCAAAAUUGGUUACCUUUUUAGGUAAAGGCGGCUCUGGAAAGACCACUUCCGCCGUUUUCGCCGCUCAGCAUUAUGCAAUGGCUGGGCUUAAAACAUGUUUGGUGGUACAUUCCCAAGAUCCCACUGCUGAUUAUCUCCUAAAUUUUAAGAUUGGAACUUCUCCUACCACAUGCAACUACAACCUUUCGGCUGUUAGGCUGGAAACUACUAAAAUGUUGCUUGAACCUCUUAAUCGGCUGAAGGAAGCAGAUGCUCGGCUUAAUAUGACCCAAGGAGUGCUAGAAGGGGUUGUGGGAGAAGAGCUUGGAGUUCUCCCUGGCAUGGACGCAAUAUUUUCAGCCUUAGCACUUGAGAGGCUUGUAGGAUUCUAUGGGAAUGUAGCUCAAAAAAACCGGCAGAAAGAUAAAUUUGAUGUGAUUGUAUAUGAUGGUUUAGGUACUGAAGAAACUAUACGGCUGAUUGGUACCACUAGCAAAGCAAGAUUGUACUUGAAAUAUUUGCGGAAUUUGGCUGAAAGAACUGAUCUUGGAAGGCUGGCUGGUCCCUCUCUCUUGAGACUUGUGGAGGAUGCUAUUAGUUUGAGUGGCGGAGACUCCCGUCUCAAUGGGAAAAUGAGUGCUGAAAUUUGGGACAAUCUGGAACAAACUCUGGAGCGAGGAUCUUCUGUAUUUGAGGAAACAAGUAGAUUUGGCUGCUACCUCGUGAUGGACCCAAACAGUCCGACUUCUGUGAACUCCGCAUUACGGUUUUGGGGGUGCGCAAUCCAAGCUGGUGCAGAGGUUUCUGGUGCAUUUGGUGUUGCAUCUCCAAAUUCUUCUGGGGAAUCAAUUGGAACUGUGAAGAAGAACUUUUCGCCAUUGCCUUGUUCGCUCAUUCCACAUCUCUCAGUGAUUCCCUCUCCAGAUUGGAAUGAGAUUAUGCUGAAUGAGACCAGUGCACAUGCAAAAGAACUUCUCUCUCUGAAUACAAGACAUAACAUCGCUGUUGUACCUUCAGUCAGGUUUGAUCCUGCCAAUAAAUCAGUGACUCUAUUCAUGCCAGGUUUUGACAAGUCAGAAAUCAAGCUAUACCAAUUCAGGGGAGGAUCAGAGUUGCUGGUGGAAGCAGGGGACCAAAGACGUGUCAUCGGCCUGCCGUCUCAAAUUCAAGGAAAGGUGGGAGGUGCCAAGUUUACUGAAAGAAGUCUUGUAAUCACUAUGCGAUAGUGUAUGCAUUUUUUCUUUGUUGGGAGGGGGGAAGAGAGAGAGACGUUCUUUUUUAAUUAGAGAGUUGCAGAUGUUCUCCAACUAUUUUGUGCAUUGUAGUAUGGCGUUAAAUAGAUUGUAAUCAGUUUUUCUUGAUUGGGAAGGAAAGCGAGAGUUGAGCAUUUUAAGUUUAAGUUGAUAUUUAUCCAUCA